AUGGAUGGCUCAAAGUUGAGCAUAAGUGCUCUCAAAGAUAAGAUCUCCUCUAAGCUCUCAUCUGGGGAGCCGUCAGGCGCAUCAAAGGGACAUGAUGGUAAGUCAACUGGCGGGAGCAAGAAGGCUAAGGGAGCGAAGAGCGAAAAGCAGACGUCUACUUCGAAAACCGGAGUGACCGGUAAAAAAGACAAGAAAGACAAGAAGUCCAGGAAGGAGAAAUCUGGGAAGUCAGAGAAAAAUGAUACUCAGGAUCAGGCUCUAGACAAUGACGAGGUGGAUAUUCUUAGACGUGAAGCACUUGCUUUGGGAGCCACUGAAGAAGACUUAAAGCUAGUAGAAGGCGUUGAUAAUGAAAUUGAGCAGAUUUCUGUGGAUUGUCCCGAGGGUGUGGAUAACAACUUUAACUCCGACUUGUCCAAAUUCAUGAACGGACUUGGGUUCUCCGGUCAAGUCGAUGUUGUUGAAGAAGAAGAGGAAGAAACACAACUCAUUGACAAAGGAAAAGAAAGAAAAGCAGAGAAAGACUCAGAAGAAAUUGAAGGCCUGGUGGCUCAAAAGAAAGAGCCCAAAAAAAAAGAGCAGAAGACCAAGAAAGUGAAACUGGAACCCAUAGUGAUUGAGAAAAAGGAGGAAUCAACAGUUCUUGUUGCUGAGAUGGCGAAGGAGAAGAAAGACAAGCGCCAGAGCGACAAAAUCAACAACGUUCAAUCUGUGAAUUCAGAAAAACUUCUCAUAGAGUGCAGAAUCGACUGGUACAACAUUGAAACACCGGCUAUAGAGGAACCUGAAAAGUUGGACCGUUUCGCUUUGGAGAGACUUACAGAGAAAGCAAAAGCUUUGAUAGAUUCCGAGAACAAGACGUACUUGACUGAAUUUACGUCGAACAAUUCCCAGAGAAAGUUUUUGUCCCAAAUACUUUCUGACGGUACAUUGAACGAUAAAAUCUCUGCAUUGACCUUAUUGGUCCAGGAAGCUCCUUUACAUAACUUAAAAGCUUUUGAUACGCUUUUGUCUUAUUGUGAAAAGAAAUCUAGAACCGCUUCUUUGCAAGCGAUCAACGCUUUGAAGGAUUUGUUUCUCAAUGGUCUCUUGCCUGACAGAAAACUUUUAUCAUUCCCGAAGCAGAAGCUCAACAAAAAUGCGGACGUUAUUACCUUGGCUUUGCAUUAUUACGAGGAUCACUUGAAAAAAAGCUAUUUCAAGUUCAUUCAAGUCUUAGAGUUCUUAAGUCACGACCCUAUUUUGCACGUGAGAAUGAACGUUGUGCUGCACAUUUUUGACCUUUUGAAAGCGAAACCCGAACAGGAAGCAAACUUGCUCAGAUUGGGUGUUAACAAACUUGGAGAUGUUGAGAACAAAGUUGCUGCAAAAACAUCUUACCAGAUUCUUCAAUUAGAGGAAACUCAUCCCGCUAUGAAAAAGAUUGUCACUGACUCUGUCACAGACAUGGUGCUUCAAAAGAACCACGAUUACCAUUCGCAAUAUUACACAAUCUUGACUCUUAACCAAACUAUCUUGCUGCGUGGUGAUACCGAUUUGGCUAACUCAUUAGUAAAAACUUAUUUCUCUCUUUUUGAGAAAAUUCUUAUUGAGUCUGAUCCCGCGUUGAAAGAUGCAGCUGAGGACAAAGUGCUCGGAAAGAGCGAAAGAGGAAGAAAGAAUAACAGAAAAGCUUUCAAGAAAGGUAAAAAAGGAGGAAAGUCUGUUAAGAAAGAAGAGAAAUCCGAAGAAGAGGUUGUUGAGGAACGCAGUGCUAAAAUGUUUUCUGCUCUUCUUACCGGCUUGAAUCGUGCGUUUCCAUUUUCAGAUUUACCUUCCGAAAUUUACUCAAAUCAUUUGAACACCUUGUACAAAAUCACUCACUCCACCAACUUCAACACCUCCGUGCAAGCUUUGGUAUUAGUGCAGCAGAUUAUUUCUCAACAAGAUUUGGAUUCGUCUCGUUUCUACCGCACUCUUUAUGAGUCAUUGAUGGAUCCCAGAUUGGUGAACUCCUCAAAACAAGGCAUUUACUUAAACUUGUUGUUCAAGUCUUUGAAAAAUGAUAUUCAAAACAUUCCUAGAGUUUUGGCUUUUGUGAAGAGGAUUCUUCAAAUUUGUUGUCACUGGGUUAACGUUGGUGCAAUAACUGGUAUGUUUUAUUUGCUUAUGGAGUUAAGCAAAACUCAUCCACAGAUCUUGGAGUUAAUGGAGGCAGAGGGUGCCAGACCAGAAAAUCUCACUUCUGACUCCAAUGUGGACACGAAAGUCGAUGACUCAGAGUAUGACCCCAAGAAGCGAGACCCAGAGUAUGCCAAUGCUCAAAAAUCCAGUAUGUGGGAGAUUGCUCUGUUUAUGAACCACUACCACCCAUCAGUCUCAAUUUACGCGACGUCGCUCGUCGAAGGUAAACCCCAAGUUAAGCCUGAUUUGGGGCUUUUCCUGUUGGCUCACUUCUUGGAUAGAUUUGUUUACAAGAAUGCUAAGCAGAAAAGUAACUUAAAGGGCUCCUCAAUCAUGCAGCCCUUGGGUGGGGGUCACCUGGGCUCACUAUUGGUGCGUGCAACAAAUGUCAAAUCAUCUGAUAUCCCGGUCAAUACAAUUGAUUGGCUUUCAAAGAAGGCGGAACUGGUCAGACCAGACGAAAAAUUCUUCUACGACUAUUUCACUAGAAAUGAGAAGAAGAUUCGUGGCAAAAAGUCGCGCGACGAAAACGACGAAGAUGAAGAAUUCGGAGAAGAGGAGGUCUGGGAUGCUUUAGUGAAACUGAAGCCUGAUGUUGAAGGUUCUGAUGACGCUGGCUUCUCGGACUUUGACGAGGCAGACUUUGCUGAUAUGAGUGAUUUGGAUGAGAACGCCGACGGAGCCGCAGACGAUUUUGAGAAUUUUGAAGAUGCAGGUGAAUUUCCAGAGGACAGUGAUGUUGCAGAGGAUUCUGAUGAAGGUGCCUUUAGUGCUCUUCAAAACGACGAGGAUGAAGUGAGCGAUGGUGAGUUCAGUCUAAAUGAAGAUGAAGAACUAAACAACAGCGAUCAAUCCAUUGAUGCAGGCACCGAGAAGAAGAGGAAACUGGACGGCGAGCACAAGAAAAAGAAGAAGACCAAAUUACUGGCCUUGCCUACAUUUGCCUCUGCUGAAGACUACGCCCAAUACUUAGGCUCAGACGAUGAAAUGUGA